CCUUUCAAAAGGUUUCACCUUGCCCUGCCUAACUGUUCUUGUGGGUCCAUUCAUUCCCCGUCCUUCAUUAUUCAAUGAUAAUACUUGCAACUAACAGACAUUCCAAGACUGAGACUGCAUCUCUGAGAGGCACUAGAAUUUACAUCGGAUCUCUAAUGUUGAACCAUUGAGAGGUUAGAGAUUACUCAUUCGGAAAAGCGUUUUCUUUGAAGAGAUGGAGAGCGGGGUGGUAGUUGUGGCAGUUGACACGAGCAAGGAGAUCACAGGCCGUGUUCUCGAAUGGGCAGCGAGGAACGCGAUCAAACCUUCUGAUGCGCUGUUCCUUCUCGCGGUUCUUCCUUCACGAAAGCACCUAGAGGGCACUAAUAGGAACCAUCAUCAGCCUCGAACUUCCCAGUUUUUCUCCUCCUUGCUCAAGAAGUGGGGCCUCCGGCACAUCGAGAAGAACCCCUCGUCUGGUAUAAAGGGCCUAAUUGACGGGGCCGAGCAAGAUAGAGUUAAUAAGGUAAAAUCUGCCUGUGAGCUUAUGAUGCAGCAGCUCUUCUUGUCUCACAAUCUGCAGAAGGUUCAUGGAGAAGUUCGAGUUCUAGCUGACGCACAGAUUGGUUCAGUUGCAUCGAUGGCUGGAGAGCUAGGAGCUACUUGGGUUAUCCUAGAUAGACAUUUAAAGAAAGAAGGCGACUGCUGCUUGAAACAAUUGAUCUGUAACAUCGUAGUCAUAGACCACUCCAUCCCAAGAAUCAUGAGAUCAGUCAAUCCUGCAACGAGCACGAAACUUGAUACUUUUGUGAAGUGCUCGGACCAUGCUGCUUCUGAUAUCCUCGGUUUGGUUCCAGUUUCCUCACAUAGAUCCAGUGAAACUGGCAGUACAGCAACUCAGAGUAGUCUUGGAAUAGAAAGCCCAGAUUUUAAGAGCAGCCCUUCCAGAACGAAUGCAACGCGAAAUAGUUCAUAUAUUCAUCUAAAUUCUCGGUAUUUCUCCCAUGGAAAUAGCAGGAAAGGUAACCAUAGUUUCUCUCCUUUGAAGAGUGAACCUCAACCCUUGAAUAAAGGAUCGAGUUUUAACAUCAAUCAGCAACCUCAACGAACACCAGCGGGGCCUAUGGAUGGAAAAAGGAAAAGCUAUAGUGGACCUCUGAAGACUGGAAGUGACAUGAAGAAGGGAUCCAAUCUCGCAGCAUUAUAUGCACUUCCAGCUCCAGCAAGAAGAUCAAUUGACUCGUCGAAUUUAUUACGUUCAAUGACGCUAAUAUCAAAUCCAUCAAAUGGCAUAAUUCCUAGAGAAGACUACCCAGGCAGCCUUAACAGUGGAGCACCCAAAGUUCCUGCCCUUAUGGAUAUUGGAAGAACCUCGAGCAUUAGAAGGGCCAUGGAUCUUUCAAUAAAACAUCCACCAACUCCACCUCUCUGUUCCAUUUGUAAGCAUAAAGCCCCUCACUUUGGCAAAGCUCCUAGGAAGUUCAGCCACGAAGAGAUCGAAACAGCCACAAAUGGGUUUGCAUUUGAAAACUUCUUGGCCGAGGGAGGAUGCAGUUCUGUGUACAGAGGAGUCUUACAUGACGGGCAAGUUAUUGCGGUGAAGCAACCGAAGUUUCUGAGUGCUCAGACCGCAUCAGAGUUCUGCUCCGAGGUUGAAGUUCUGAGCUGUGCUCAACACAAGAACUUGGUGAUGUUGGUAGGCUACUGUAUCGAGAUAGAGUGGCUCCUUGUGUAUGAGUUUGUCUGCAAUGGUUCAUUGGACAAACACUUGUAUGGGAAAGAUAUAGAAGAGGUCAUGGCUUGGCAUAAUAGGAUGAAGGUCGCGAGAGGAGCUGCUAGAGGUUUAAGAUAUCUUCACGAAGAUUGCAGAGUAGGUUGCAUCAUACACAGAGACUUCAGACCCAAUAACAUCCUCCUCACCCAUGAUUUUGAACCCAUGGUGGGAGAUUUUGGUCUAGCAAGGUGGCAAGCAGAUGGACAGCUAGCUGAGGAGACACGAGUGCUCGGUUCAUUUGGGUACCUGGCUCCUGAGUAUACGCAAAGUGGGCUUAUAACAGAGAAAGCCGAUGUAUAUGCAUAUGGAGUCGUUUUGCUGGAGCUCCUAAGUGGCUAUAAAGCCACUGAGUUCUCGAGGAACACGGGAAAACAAUUCGUGCCUGAGUGGGGUCUUCCAUUGCUCCGGGAAGGGGUGAUUGAAGAACUAAUUGACCGUCGAUUGGUAAACGAGUACGUUAACAAGGAAGUGAAGUCCAUGAUUCAUGUUGCUGAGCUAUGCCUCUUGCCGGUGCCUGAGCAGAGGCCGAGGAUGUCUCAGGUUCUGAAAAUACUGGACGGAGAUAUGCCCAGCAACAUGGUACAUGGGUAUGAACAGCAGCAAUCUUUUCCUUACGCAAAUGAGAAGAUGGGCAGAAACACCAGUUCACAUUUGACACAGCUGAUGAGUUCUACAAUUCGAAGUCCUGCACUGACGAGUGAACGGAGAAAGAGUAGUGAAGAAAUUAUAGCCAACUCUACCUUUGUCUCCAAUGGUUAUCGCGAGGAAGCAGAUAGUUGUCAUGCUUUGAAGCAAUCUGAAAAUGUUGUUAGUGAAGAAUAUCAGGCAUAUUUGCAGGGUUCACUGGCCAAAUUCAUUCAGAAUAUGAACGUAGACUGAAGAUCACGGAUUUGUGAAGAGUUGGAUAUGAGAUGUGAAUAGUAUCAUAAGAUAAUGAACGGACUUCAAACAUGCACUGAACUGUGCUCUUUGUCUUAUAUCUUGUCGAAUUUAAGAAAUUUCUCACUCACUCA